AAAAAAAAGAUAUCUGGAAAGAUAAUCUAGUUUAUGCUGUUCCAAAGUGUGCGCAAUCUUCCUGUUUUAGUGUCUCUGAUUGACCACUCACUUUCAUCGGCUAUGCUGAAGUUACCAUUAGCAACUGGGCAGCGCCCGUCAGAACACUUGCCACAGUCCUUGAUGGACUCGACGGGAUAAUACAAUGUCGUGUCGCCUCUGAGCGUCGCCAUGGUUUCAACCUAAGGCUGUAGGGACUGGCGCUGUCAUGCUGCCUGGAGUUGGUGUGUUUGGCACAGGGAGCACAGCACGAGUGCUGGUCCCUUUGCUAAAAGCUGAGGGCUUUGAGGUUCAUGCACUCUGGGGGAGGAGCGAAGAGGAAGCGUGCAGCCUGGCAAUUGAACUUGGUAUCCCGUUUCACACAAGUCGAUCCGACGAUGUCCUGCUGCACCAAGAUGUCGACCUUGUUUGUAUUUAUAUUCCGCCCUCAAUGACGAGGCAAAUUGCUGUCAAAGCACUGGGCAUAGGUAAGAAUGUUAUAUGUGAGAAAGCUGCUACUGCUGUGGAUUCUUUCCAGAUGGUAAAUGCAGCCAGGUAUUACCCCCAGCUGCUUAGCAUCAUGGGUAAUACGCUGCGCUUCCUACCGGCUUUUGUGGCAAUGCAGCAGCUGAUGGUGGACGGAUACGUGGGUGAAGUGCAGGUCUGCGACGUGCGCGUUUAUGGCCCCAGCCUCCUGAACCAGUCGUACGGUUGGACUUGUGAAGACCUGAUGGGGGGAGGUGGGCUGCACACCGUUGGUUCCGCCAUUAUCGACCUUUUAAGUUACCUGACUGGGGCCCGGGCACAUCGCGUUCACGGACUGCUACGGACCUUCGUACAACAAAAUGACACCAUCAGAGGCAUCCGCCGUGUCACAAGCGACGAUUUUUGUUUCUUCCAAAUGUUGAUGGGGGCAUCCUCAGGUGGCGUGUGCUGCACUGUGACCCUGAACUUCAACAUGCCAGGCUCGUUUGUGCAUGAGGUGAUGGUAGUUGGAUCCAGCGGGAGACUGGUUGCCCGGGGGACAGAGCUGUACGGUCAGCGCAACGGCACCACGAGUGAGGAGCUGUUGCUAACCGACGGAGGCUGGGUCGGACCUGACGCGAAAGACAUACCUUUGCCUCACCUGCAAGGGCUAGGUGCCAUGGUCAAAGCACUGAGACAGUCAUUCCAGGCUCACCAGGAGCGUAGGUCAUGGGCACGCGGGCCAGUUACUAUGGCACCCACUUUUGAGGAUGGCCUGUAUGUGCAGACGGUGGUGGAAGCCGUGAAGCGGUCAAGCCGUAGCGGGGAAUGGGAGUGUGUGGAGAUCAUGAGUAAGGAGCCCGAUCCAAACCAUAACCUGUGUGAGGCACUACAGAGAAAUAAGAACUAAUAUUGUAGGAGUGCAACUAAUACACAUGUAACAGUCUGACGGAACCAGGCCUGAAUGAUUUUACUUCCGGUGCUGUUAACAUCGCCCACGACUACUUUGUGCUUUUCUUUGCCACCUUUUGAAUAGAAUAUUCAAUUUCUAUUUUAGAAAUGUCUGAUCUUUUAGGACUUAAUGCCUGUAGAAGAAAACAUCUGUUUCUGGUUUGUGGGUGUGAUGCAAGAUUGUGAGCAUCCAAGUCCAAUGGCACCUUAUUGUGAAAGUAUUUAAUGUCACACCCAGAAAAUUUGACCAACAAACUGAAACAUACUACUGAUGUUCCACUCAUGGUGCUCUGCUUUUUUGGAAAAAAUACAAACAAAGUAAAGCAGCUGUGCGGUACUUUGCAAUGUAUGUUAAAUAAAUACGACGCAAGGUUUGCUGUUAGAAGACAAGGACAUAAAUCAUAUUUGAAAUAACAUGGAUUGUUUAUAAUAAGCUAUGUAAGAAAAAAAAAUACACUUAGGUGAAUUUGUGCCCCGAAUUGAAGUGACUUAAAUCCACCAUCAGACAAAGCCCUCAAAAAGAGGCUGCAAGUGGUUUGUGGCUGUAUUCACUGUCAAGGCAGUUGUUUUGUAAAUGAUGAAGAAAUCACAUAUUCCCUGCAAAAGCCACAUGCUGGCAAAAAUCCAAAGUCCAUCGAAAUGUAGUUAAAAAUAGCUAGCAGUGAUAUUUUGAGCAUUUAUUAAGGACUGUUUGUCUUUUGUGGGUUCAUCUGUUACGCUUUGUCUACUCUAAAUAAGAAUAGUGUUGAAUGUGUGACAUGCACAGAGUUAACGUUUAUACAUUACAGUUUCAUACAUAAUCUUUUACCAGCAAAAACGAGGCUCUUGAAAUAUUUAGCAGAGCGACAUUUUAAUGUUUAAAGUUUUGGUUUUAGAUUACUGUAUUUGAUGGGUUGUUUACGGCGUUAUCCUUUCAGAGCUAAUGAUGGUUGUUUUAUGAGACGUGUUUUGAUGCAAAAAUAUUUUAAAUGAUGCCUCAAAUCCACAGUGGUGCCUCAUUCACCCUGUAAUGGAUCUUUGAACCACUGGAUAAAACAUGUGUGACCAGAAAGAUGUUAUGAUUGUCAUGCAGUAGCAACACACUGAUAUCCUUAACAUUAUUGGGGAGUUAACCUUAUUAAUACCCCUCACAACAGUAAUGGUGGUCUGUCACUAUCCCAACAGUCCAUUAUUACAAAAGUAAGUUUACAUUAAAUAUCCUAAUGCUUACAGUCCUCCCGAUGGAAAAAUACAUUCCUAUUUAGUUUGUAUUGUGUUUUGCACUGAUAACUGCAACCUUAUUUAACAGUGUGCUAUCUCUUCCCGCCAGUGCACUUCAAAAUUAAUUUAACAAUUGUCUAUGAGGAAUAUUGUUUAUUUAUGGUUUUUGGUGUGGAGAAGGAUUCAAUUAGUUUAAUCUGUUUUUUGUCUGCCUGUGAAUUUCGUUGAAGCUGUAAUAUUUAUCUGUUUGACUUUUUUUUUAUAUUCGGCCAUAUCUCUUUGACCUCAAUGUGUUUAAGUUAGGAAACUGUUAGUUUGACAGCUAUUUCCUUUAAUAAAUACAGUUGUAUUAAUUUAA